AUGCUGUCCCUGGUGCCCCUGGCCCUCGGGCUCUCCACCCUGUUUCACCCUGUCUCUGCGCGGCGCAGCCAGUGCUCGGCUCGAUCUCGCUCGACCGUCCUGUCGUACCCCACCGACGGGCCCGAUGACCCAACCGGAACAGGCCAGCCGCCCGAGACAACCACCGCGCCCCCGGUGAAGAGAGCCGUUGUUAACACCUGCAGCAAUGGCAACUUUGCCGGGUACGACCCCAACUGGCGCAACGGCAUUUACGGCUUCAACAGCACCGGUGAUGUCAUGCUUCUUCAGCAAUACGGCUACCAGGGCGACGGUAGCGAGGAGGCGGGUUGCGUGCAGAUGGCCGCAGGUCCCGGCAGGAAGAGGCAGGUGUCGGACACCUGGGACGCGUCUCUCGAACAGUUCUUCCCCUACCUCGAGCCCGAUACCUCGUACACCAUCCGUAUCUGGUACACAAUCCUUUCUAGCUCCGUCGAGGGUGCCUGCCGCAUCAACGGCUAUUACGGAGACACUCUUUUCGACUCGACAGACCCGUUCCCGCUUGUCACCGACGCCGUCGUCGGCCAGAGCCCGUGGUACGAGUUCCUCACGACGGCCGGUGUCACGACGAGCGAGGGUGGCUUCACGCAGCCGCCCGUCACCGUCACGACCGACAACGAUCCAGUGAGCACGUCAACCGAGGAAGAAUCGAGCCAAGACAGCGGAACCACGGCCGAGCCCACCGCCGAACCUACCUCGACAGACGACGGGGGCGCGGUGACUACGACCACAAGUGACGGCGAGUCCUCGCCGACCACGACACCAGACUCCGUGUGCGUGGCCGCCACGGGCCCUCCCGCGCUCGGCAAGGGCUGCGGCCUGCGCCGUGCGCUGACCACCAACUACUACCAGAGGGUUGGCCCCGACGAGAUCACGCAGGCCGCCUGCGCCGCAGCCUGCCACAACGACGCCAACUGCCAGUCCUUUGCAUGGGGACCCUGGUACACGGACUCGACCGGCGUGACGGCCAAGGGAUGCGCCAAUGCCUGUUUCCUCUGGUCUACCGGCUUCGAGGCCGCCUCCGCCAGCACCAGCACCACCGAUCUCCUCGGCUUCGAUCGAUCCUGCAUCGCCGAGGUCGAUUGCGCCACCCAGCCCUCCGGCGAAGCCUGCUUGAACCUGAGCUAUUCCCGACCAUGCUCGCAAGCCAUGGGUAAACCCAAGUCGUGCGCCCUGCCCAUGCACACCGUCAUGCUGGCCAGCCUGUGCGGAUCCAACGGAUGCCGCGACCUCUGCGCCCAGUACCCCUCGUGCAAGUCGUUCUCGGGCGGCUUCGGCAGCUGGUACGAGUGCAAGCUCUAUUCCGAGCCCAUGAGCCAGGUCAUGGAGGCCGGCGGCUCCGUCCUGUUCACGGACAUGGAUUGCUUCGAGUGCACCCCCGAUGCUCCUUCCGUCAAGUACCUCCCGCAGCUCGCCGACCCCACCAACAUGCCCGCAUUUGAUUGCACCGUCCCCGCCUCCACCUCCACCUCCACCUCGCCCCCGUCGUCGACCGCGACGGAGACGGAGACGGAGACGGAAACGCCCGCCACGGCCACGGAGACAGACUCCCCCACAGCUACUCCCACGUCUACCGGGUGCCAGACUGGCCAAACCUGCUCGGCCGUCCUCCUUGCCCCCGCGAGCGCAUCGUGCGGAAACCGCGGCGACGUGGUCUACGACGCCUGGUCCUGCAGCGCAUUCGCCCACGACUCCGCUCAGAAUUCUUGCGUCUUCAUCGGCGCCAAGCUAAGCGCUGCCGGAUUCACCGCGUCAAGCACCUCCAACCGCGUGUGGUAUGAUAGGGAAUGCUUCGAGUGCACCACCUGCCAGGAUACCCCCUCCAGCGCCUCCUCCGCCCCCACCCAAUCGACCACCACCACGCCUACUUCCGACUGCCCUCUGGAUUGGGGCCAGGGUUGCACGCUCGCCACAACCACUCCCGCCGACACCCUCUGCCGCGUGGUGGGGUCUCCCAUGGAGGAGGCCUACGCCGUGCCCCUCGACAUCUUCCCUUACCAAGACAACUUUUGGCAGUGCGCCGCGCUUUGCACGCAGCAGUUUGGCUGUCGCGCGUUCGCCCACGAUCCUGCCACUCAGGUUUGUGCCAUGAUCUCCAGGCGGUUGAGCGCGGCCGAAUUUACGACCGGAGCUUCGUACGACCUGACCUGGUACGAUAUGGACUGCUUCAAAUGCACCGACUGCCAGGAAGUGCCGCCCAUGCCAACACCCUCUGCCGAAACUACGCCAUCCACUUCAGACAUCUCCAGCACUUCAAGCGCUUCAAGCACGUCAAGCCCGCCAGCCGAAACAACAUCGUGCACCGUCCCAACGCCGUUCCUCUCGGAGACGACCCUGUGCGGCAUGCCCGGCUCCGCGGGGAACCAAGUGCAGUCGGCAGCUCUUCAAAACUACGUGAUUAAGCCCGUCGAGAACCUAGCGGCAUGUGCCCUUGUCUGUCUCGAGCGCGAAGACUGCUUGAGCUUCAGCUACAUUGCAGAAUCGAGGGUGUGCUAUCCUUACAGAGCGGGACUGGCAAACUUGGGACUUUCUUACUUCGGCCUGCACGGCCGCCAUUAUGCGCGCGUGGCGAUCAUGAUAUAUCGAAAUCACGACGCCGUCUUCCCCAAGCCAGCCCUGAUCAAUUGGCAUGGAAGCGGUUUCGUGUUCCCUUCGCUCAGCAUCGAUCAUGAAUAUUGUUCCCAGAUUGCGCAAAAAGCCGGCAUCUUUGUUCUCGACGCGGAUUACCGAAAAUCCCCAGAGCACCCCUACCCUGCACCUGUGGAAGAUGUCGAAGACGUUUUAGCCUGGGUCGGCGAGCAGUCUACUUUCAUCGAUGCCUCGCGGUUGGCAGUCUCCGGCUUCAGCGCCGGGGCAGUCCUCGCAUUUGUCGCUGCUUCGGUGUUGCGCUCAAGCUACCCUAAACUCAAUAUCCGGGCAGCGCUCGGUGUAUACCCCGGAACGGACCUUGCAACGGACCCACAGACGAGGAUUAUUCCGGCGCCGGUGCAACCCAUACCGCCCAAAGUUCUUGACAUAUUUUUGACUCGUACGCGCCGUUGA